UUUUGGUGGGUCAAAUUUAAGAUUAACCCUAAUACAAGGAUCUCCAACUAGAAGUUGCGUGUCGUCCCCGCAGCAGUUCUACGCCGGCUGUCCGUUGGUGGUCUCCUAGAACGGCUCCUUACUCGUCUGCGCCGGCAGUGAGUCAAUCAAGAUCGUCGAUUUCUUCAACGCCGCCAUUCGCUCCACCAUCGACGGCGGAGACCUUCGUGCUCAGCCCUGACGACAAGUUUCUCUUCUCGUCCGUCUACAGUCGCCAGAUUAGGGUUUGGGAUCUCUUCUCCUUCAAUUGCAUUAGGUCGUCGAAGGCAACAGAGGCUACCAAAAUGAUUUUUUUUUCCCUUAUCACAGAAUUUUAAUUCUCUAAAAUCUCAGUUACAAAGCUAAUUCAAUUGGUCUCUACCUACCAUUGCCUUUGGUUUCUUCGUUAAUUGCAGAGGCCAUGGAAGAGAGACCUAAGCUACUGAUUCUGUAUGCGACACAGACGGGAAAUGCGUUGGACGCGGCUGAGCAGGUGGCACGUGAAGCCGACCGCCGAGGCUGCUCCGUCAAGCUUCUUUCUGUAGACGAAUACGACGCCGUUUCCUUGCCACAUGAGAGCGCGGUGGUGUUUGUUGUUUCAACGACUGGCCAGGGAGAUACUCCGGAUUCCAUGAAGGGAUUUUGGAAGAUCCUUUUGCAGAGAAAUCUGGUUCAGAAUUGGCUAGAAGGAGUUCAUUAUGCUGUUUUUGGUUUGGGUGAUUCUGGUUACCAGAAAUACAAUUUCGUUGCAAAGAAGCUUGACAGGAGACUUUCAGAUCUUGGGGCAGUGGCCAUUGUUGAAAGAGGUUUGGGAGAUGAUCAGCACCCAUCAGGGUACGAGGCUGCUCUAGAUCCAUGGAUGACAUCUUUGUGGGACAUGUUGAAUAAGAUCAACCCUAAAUUCUUCUCAAAUGGUCCAGAUUAUAUUAUUCCAUCUAAGCAGUCUAUUGGUCAACCAAAAUUUCAUAUCACAUAUCAUGUCAUGGCCAAGACAAAUUCACAAUUUUCAUGUAAUUUAGUUUCAGAUUUAAAAUGUACUGAGAUGCAAAUUGCAACAGCUCGGAGUAUGUCUGCUGCAAAAUUUUCUCGUGACAGGAAUAGGCCAGACUGCUUUCUUAAAUUGGUAAAAAAUCAACCACUAACUAAAGAAGAUUAUGGAAGAGAUGUGCGCCACUUUGAAUUCGAAUUUGUUUCAUCUGUUGUUGAAUAUGAAGUUGGAGACAACGUUGAAGUUCUCCCUGGUCAGGAUCCAGCUUUAGUGGAUGCUUUCAUACAACGUUGCAAUUUGGAUCCUGAAGCUUUUAUAACUGUUCAUCUUGUGGAGAGGGAGAAUGACCUUGAUGCUCAUGCAAAUGCCACAGCAGUACCUGUAAAAUUAAAAUCUUUUGUCAGCAUGACAAUGGAUGUUGCAUCAGCUUCACCUCGGCGCUAUUUCUUCGAGGUCAUGAGUUAUUUUGCUACAGCUACUCAUGAAAAGGAAAGACUGCAUUAUUUUGCUUCACCUGAAGGAAGAGAUGACCUAUACCAAUACAAUCAGAAAGAACGGAGGACUGUUCUGGAGGUAUUAGAAGAUUUCCCUUCCGUUCAAAUGCCGCUUGAAUGGCUGGUGCAGUUGGUCCCUCCUUUGAAAGCAAGAGCUUUUUCAAUAUCUUCCUCCCCAGCAGCUCAUCCGAACCAAGUGCACUUAACUGUAAACGUGGUGUCAUGGACUACAUCGUUUAAAAGGAAACGUUCAGGUCUCUGCUCAACGUGGUUAAGCAAGCUUGAUCCUAAACAAUGCAUCUAUAUUCCAGCUUGGUUCAAUAAAGGUUCCCUUCCUCCUCCACCACCUUCACUUCCUCUCAUUCUCGUUGGGCCUGGAACCGGUUGCGCGCCAUUUCACGGAUUUGUGGAGGAGAGAGCCAUCCAAAGCAGAACUCAUGAAACUGCACCAGUUAUAUUUUUCUUUGGCUGCCAAAAUGAGGAAAAUGACUAUUUGUACAGAGAUUUUUGGUUGUCCCACACCCAAAAUGGCGGGGUGCUUUCUGAAACAAAGGGUGGCGGCUUUUUCGUUGCCUUCUCGAGAGAUCAGCCACAGAAGGUUUAUGUGCAGCACAAGAUGCGCGAACACAGCCAUAUGGUCUGGAGCUUACUGAGUGAGGGGGCUGCUGUGUAUGUUGCAGGCUCUUCCACUAAAAUGCCCUCGGAUGUGUUGUCGGCCUUUGAAGAAAUUAUCUCCAAAGAAAGCGGGCUUCCAAAAGAAUCUGCUGUGAGAUGGCUUAGGGCACUUGAAAGGGCUGGCAAGUACCACGUAGAAGCUUGGUCUUGACAUUUGCUGGAAAUAUUUAUGAUUUUUGCCAAUUGCCAAUAAGAGAGCAAGAAAGCCUAGCCAUGCAGUUAAAGGUACUCAAGAUAGAGUUCACCAAUUAAAUUCGAUAAUAAUUUUGGUUACAGUUGGUUUCGGUUGGAGAUUAGUAAUAUGAGCUUACUGCCAGGCGUAGAGUGAAUAGCCCCAUGAUGUUUAAAUUGCGAACGUUUUGUUUCAAGAGGAAAACGAGCCUUUUUAUACAGAACCAAAAUGAUAUCCCAAUUUUGCUUACACUAUUUGGUAUCCGCAUUCCUAUAUUUUUUUUAUUUCUUAAGCAAAGGUUUUUUUGCUUGUAAGUUGUGACUGUUUGCUUAAAUUAUGGCAAGAAAUGAAAUUAAAAAUAC